UACACAGUACGGUAUAAGUGCUCAAAAUCACUGCUGCCAUAUCGCUGUAGCCUAGAUCAAUAAGAAAAAUGACAAACGAGGCACUUCGUAUUAACAUAGACAAGUGGAUUAAGGAGAAUGAGGCUUCUUUCUUACCACCUGUCUGCAACAAAUUAAUGUUCUUCUAUCAGUUAAAUAUCAUGUUUGUUGGUGGUCCAAACAUACGGAAAGAUUACCACAUAGAGGAAGGUGAAGAGCUGUUUUACCAGAUCCGGGGAGACAUGGUAUUAAAAGUAAUAGAGAACGGCAAACACAAAGAUGUACAUAUCCGUGAAGGAGAGAUGUUUUUGCUGCCAGCACGAAUUCCGCACUCUCCUCAGAGGCAGGCAAACACAGUGGGACUUGUGGUGGAAAGGAGACGACUGCGCUCAGAAACAGACUGUCUCCGGUACUAUGUGAAUAACAGUACAGACAUCCUGUUUGAGCGCUGGUUUUAUUGUGAGAACCUGGGCACUCAGCUAGUUCCAGUUAUUCAAGAGUUUAUGGCAUCGAAGCAGCAUAAGACUGGGAAACCUGACCCAGAUGAUCCUAUCAAAACAGCACCUUUCCCUCUCAACAAUAUGAAUGUGAUGACCCCGUUCUGCUUUAAAGACUGGGUGGAGAAGCAGAAGCCUGCACUGUCCAGUGGACGACCUCUAGAUAUGUUUGGAAUACAGUUUGAAACUGAGGUUAUGCUAUAUGGCCCUGGAAAAUUAGAGCCAUCUAAGAGAUCCUCUGAUGCAUGGAUCUGGCAGCUGGAGGGAUCCUCAAUUGUCUCAAUGAAUGCCGAGGACCACAAUCUUUCUAAAGGGGACUGUCUCUUGGUACUUGGAUUGACAGAGUAUUGCUGGCAGAGGGCUAAGAAUUGUGUUGCCUUGUUUGUUGUUCAAAAUCCAGAGAGGAAGAAGCCCUUUUAAGCAGGGGCAGAAAACUGUUGAUCUGUAAUCUGCCAAGUCCUUAUGUAAACAUGAAUUAGUUUAUACAGCAGUAAACAGUACAAAUUAUUUUCCAAGAAAAAUAUAUUGUAUUUUAAUUUGAGCAUCAUUAAAUAUGUGCAAUAGAAAAGUUUAUACCGUAAUUUCCGGACUAUAAAAACCAUAUAUAAGCCGCACCCACUAAAUUUGACAAAGAAAAAAAAAAUUUUUUUUUAAUUUUGAACAUAAAUAAUCUACACUGAAACU